AUGUAAUUUGAAUCACCUGGAUUCAAUUUUGACUUGGAAUAAGAACUUAAAGCAGAAUAAAAUGAAGACUUUGAGUAACAAUAUUUAGGUUUUUGUUUACGUUCAACCAAAAGGGAGACUUCAAUCAAUUAUCCUCACUUUUAUAGUUAAACUUAAAGUGUGAAAAGCAUUGAAGGAUAUGAUUAAUACAAUGUAAGAAAACUUGAGAAUAUUGCUUUGAAAAAGGCUCAGAAAAGUCCUUAAGAGUAAAGCAGAGCUCCUAUAAAUGUACCUAACUAUAAAUAACAUUCUACAGGAUCAAGUAUGAUGGCUUUCUUUUUACUUAAAAGGUUUUUAGAGAAACUUCAAAUUAAAAGAAGAAUGAUAGAGACAUUAAAUUAUACACAUCUAAAUCUAAUAGGAGAUAAAGCAUCUGAUAUGUAAAUAUAAGAAUUAUUAUAGUAAUGUAGUAAUUUAAUAUUCAAAAUCAAUUUAACGAGCUGGAUUCACACUCUAAGCAAUGAAAAAACUAUUUGAAAUGGAGUCAUAAAUUGAAGAAAAUAAAUUGGAAAAUUUGAAGCAAUUAUGCUAGAAUAUUAAAAAACAGAUAAUAAAAAUAUGUUAAACUAUAAUUAAUCUGAUUCCAUUAAUUUAACCUGAAUCACUUUUUAAAAUAUAUUGGGAUUUAUUUGCAGUGAUUUUUAGAAUUAUUUUAGUUAUAUUAAUACCUUUAGAAGUGUCAUUUCAUACUUAAAUAAUGUUUAUGAACAGUAGACCUCUUACAAUUUUAAUAUGUAUAGUAUUAAUAAUGGAUUUUUUUAUAAGAAUUAAUACAUAACACUAUCUAAAUGGUUAAGCAAUUAGAGAUAGAUGGAAAUUGAUAGUUUUACAAAUUAAAAAAUCAUUUUUAAUUGAUUUUAUGUCUAUAAUAGUAUUAAUGAUAUUUUUAUUAAAAAUACCUGAUGAUACUCAUUAUGAUUUAUUUACAUUAGUAACUUUAACAUAGUAUUCUUAUGUUUAUGAGAUACUUUCUAAAAGUGAAUAAUAUUCAUAUUUCACAAGACCUUAAAGAGGAAUAUUGGGAUUAUUGAAAUUGAUGGCAACUCUGUUUUAUAUUUUGCAUUUGUUUAGUUGUUUUUGGUUUUGGAUUUCUAGUUUAUAAAUUGAAGAUUCAUGGAUUGAUUUUAAAGACUUAACAAAUAAAUCAUGGUAAGUUCAAUAUUUGGAAGCUUUGUAUUUUGCUAUUGUGACUAUGUUGACUAUAGGAUAUGGUGAUAAUGUACCUAAAAAUUCAACAGAAAAAAUUGUAACAAUUAUUUUUAUUUUGGGUGCUUGUUUAUGGUUUUCUUACAGUGUAAAUUUUAUAGGAGGGAUAAUGAAUGAUAUUACUUAGAAUCAAGUUGAAAGAAAUUAAAAAAUGAGAGUAAUCAAUAAAUACAUGAAUAAAAGAAAUAUUCCCUAUGCAUUAUAACAUUAGUAAUACUUUUCAAUAUUCCUAUAAGAGUUAAAGAAUACCUAACAUAUCGUUGGAAGGAAGAUGAUGAAGUAGAUUUGGAAAUAGAAUAGACAUUAUUAGAUUAAUUAUCUGAUGAAUUAAAGGAGGAAUUGGAUAGACAAGCUCAUAAGGUUUUUAUUGAAAAAUCUAUAUUACUACAAAAGUUCUUUAGUUAAGAAUUUAGAAAUGCUUUAUUUAAAAGUAUUAAGAGGAAAAGUAUUAAUUUAAUUAAAUAUAUAAGUCAUACCUCCUGAAAAUACUUUCUAUAUUGAUUUUAAUGGAUAGCAUCAUUUAUGUUUUAUUGAAUAGGGACAUUUAUUAUAUUAGCAUAAAGAUCAAAAGUAAAGAUCGAAAAUGAAUACAAUAUUAGGUUUAGGAGAAUUUUUAUGUGUUAAAGAAUUUAUAGUAGAAGAUCCAGAUAUGGAAUUAUUUAAAGCUGUAGGGUAUGUAAGUUUGUUAGUGUUAUCAAAAUAAGAUUUCUUAUUAACUCUUAAGGAUUAUCCUGAUGACUUUUAAAAAUACUGUUAGUUAAAAGAUUCUAUUGUUAUGAAUGUUGAUUAAGAAAUUCUACAAAAAAGUGUAUAUUGUCCUGCAUGUCAAUAGUUUGGACAUACAUUAACCUUCUGUCCCUUCAUUUAACAUAAACCAAAUUAUGAAGUAACUAUUAAAAAACAUUAACUAUCUAAAAAUUAAUAGAGAUCUUAAUUUUAAAGAAAAAGAAAGAAAAAUGUAUUUCUUGCAUUAUAUGAAAAAGAUCUACUAGCAGAAUUUGCAAAAGCUUAUUCUUAUGAUAAUCAAUAGUCAAUUACUCAAUAACUUAAAAUAUUCUAUUAUAAUGAAUAAGAUUAAACUGAUUACAAUAUGAUGAUUGAUCCUUCAGCAUCAGUGGAUAUAUUUAAAGUUUCUUCUUUACUUCCUUAAUAUCCUCCUGAAACUUAAACUAAAUAAAUCGAUUUAUUAAGUAGUGUUAGAAUGGAUCAAAAACCUAUUAAGGAAUCUGAAGUUGAUAUUAAAGGAGAAUUAAGAUAAUAAUUAAAUCAAGGUAGAUUAAUAAGAAAAACAACUAUGUUUCCACCAAAUAAUAAUAAAUAAAUUAGAAAAAGUCCAACUAAUACUUUUACUAUUAAGUAGGUACAAGAUGAAGAUUGGGAAGAAAACUUUUAAAUAUAAGGAUUUCUAAAUAAUCAUAAUGACAACAUUGUUCAUGUUUAUAAUAAAUUAAAUAAAUAAGAUAUUGAAGAUCCUAUUAUAAAAAAGGCAAUUUUAUAAAUUGAACCAUUAUUUUGGAAAUUAAAUCAAAAAGUCCUUGAUGAUUUUGAAGCGAUAAGAAACUAUGACUAUUAUUAUUAAUAAUAUAAUGCUGAAAAAAUUAUAGAUUAAGCUAAUAAAAAUAUCCAUCAUUGGUAGAAAGAUAUCAUAGAUAAAAUGCAAAAGUUUAUGCUUUUCCCAUUUAAUUAUAUUCUUAAAUAUUUAAAAUUGAGAAGAAACAGAAUGAACUAAGCCAUCAUUGAAAAAGGAAAUAAAUUUAAAAGAAUUAAAAAUAAAUUAAGAAUGAUGCAAUUGAGAAGUCAAAUUUAAUAGAAAAAAAUUUCAACUUCAUCUAAUAAGAUAAUAAGAUUUGGUUAAAUCGUGCCUUAAAAAAUUCUGUCUCAAGACUCAAUAAUUAUUUGA